AAAAUUUAAGAGCAAUGAAGAGCUCAGAAGUAUUCAACAAGCUGUUGUCGACUGAAAAGGUCACAUUAGAGGAGAUCCUUAACGAUGAUGACUUCCUCAAUGAGAUUAAGAUCAAGAAUGAGAACUUAUUCGAGUAUCUCAAUUAUGAAAGAAUGAAGAGCAUGAUUGAUUUACUCAUAAUUGAACCAAAAAUAGGCGACUCUAGUAUAAAGUCCUUCAGAUUACCCUUCGUCAUCUGUGAAAUGUUCUGACAAGAUAUCGGCCAUUGCAUUGAUUACUUCAGUAGCAAAUUACUGGAUAAGACAAAUGAGUAUGAGCUGAUGACACAAUUGUUAAGCUAUUUCGCUCAGGGUAAGGAGAAUUUGGAACUUGGGAGACUUAAUCAGACUAUAUCUGGCUAUAUUUCAAAGAUUGUUACUUUCUAUUGUCUCAAGCGACCAUAUCAGAUUCUUGAUUUCCUUGAUUGUAAUCACCAGAUUAUUAAAAAUCUCACAAAUCAUAUUUACCUAACUGAAUGAAUUUCCGAUAUUUUAGUAAAAUUUAUAUGCCUUCGAGCACCUGAAAAUUUGGAAGCACUUGAAAAUGUGCAGCAAACAGUAAUGGAGUCAACAGUAGCCUCACUAGGAGAGGAGAAGCAUGAGCUCAACGAUGAGUUCCAUUCUCAGGCGUUGGGAACUCUCAACAGUACGAUCCGUAGAUGCUACCUAGUCAUUAACAGUAAAGAUUUCUUCCAGAGGUGGUUUUCCAAGGACUAUUUAGAAGUCACAAUGGGGGAGAGCGUCCUCUCAAGACUCAUAAAAUUCAUAUUUGAGAGGUUAGAUUCUAGCUCCAAACAGAAUGUGAUAAAAUGAGUUGAGACCCUCUGUGACCUGGUGAACAACCUAUUCAUAUGUACACCUGAGGAGUCCGUUCAAGAUGUAACAGAGUACCAAUUUGGCUUCAUAGUUGAAGCCAUCGGCCCCACUGAAGAAACUAAGGGGGAUCCUAAUAAUGUAUCCAUGGAAGAGGAAAAGCAUGAAGGUGAAGGACAAGACAAAGAGGAAGACAAGGCAGAUGAAAAUGAAUCAAAAGUCCUUGAACAAGUCAACAACAACAAGAAGAAAGUGCUUAAGAAUCAAGCAACUCUCUUCUUACAAGAGGAAAGUUUGGAAAGGAUUCAGCAGAUCUUUGGCAUUGUCCUAGAAAGUUUUACAGAGUUCUUCACGUAUGUUGCUCAGGAUAAUUUUAGCAGUAAGACUUCCAGACAUAAAAGGAAUCUGUCCUUCGGUGGAGGAGGGUCAUCCAAGAAUAUGAUACCUGCGAAGUACAAUACCGAGCCGGUUAUAAGGGUUCUAGUCGCAAGAAUGCUGAAGUGGUUUAACAUUUUCCUCACGUUUCAGUCCGAAAGCAUUGAUAAGUUCCUCACUGAGUCUGAAAUCCUAAAGGAUAUAGUAACAAUUUGAGAGAUCUACGAUGAUCACAGCUUGAUCCAGAUGGAGAUAAGGAAAAUCUUUACAAAUCUGCUAUCAAAAGAAGACAUUUUACUCAAAUAAAAAAUUCCUGAAUGAUAGCAGAUGUAUCUUUUUGUUCGCUAAGAAGUUAAACAUGGUUGACUUCAGCUCUCCGAAAGGAGUGAAGAAAUGCAUCUACACGACUAUAAAACAUUGCGUGCACAUCAUUCUUACCAGUGAAGACUGUCGUCUCGAAGGCAUUUUAGAGGACAUGCAUGUCAACUGGGAGAUUAUCAAGGAGGCUAUAACUAAGGAAGCUGAAGAAAUAAAGCAACUUAAAGAAGCUGAUAUGGACAAAACAGAAGGAGUCUUCUCUGAUCCCUCUCAUAGAGAUAACGACCAGGUGAAGAAGCAUAACCAGAAGAAGGAUGUCAUGGUAAAGGGCGGUAUCUCCACAGAGCUUGUAAAGAAAUCAGUAGAGGCAAGGAAAAGACUUGUUGGUCUCGAAGGCCUAAUUUAA